ACUUGAGAAAGGAUAUCAAGAAAGAUAGUGCAUCUCAAGCAACCCCAGAGAGUCAACGUCAUACAGCCAACUAGGCAGCAACGAUGGUGUCUGAAGACCGCCAGCGGGUCAUCGAGACCAACCGGUCAUUGCGUCUAAUCAAGAAUGAGCUCGAGUCCCUCCUCGAGAAAGGCGUGAUAGACGACGACGCCUUCGACAGCAUCCACCGCCUCCUCCCCACCGAGGCGAGCCUAUCUGGCGCCCCAACCCCAGCAUCCCGCACCGCCGCUCGUGCCCCCCAGCGCUCGCCGGCACCGGCACCCUCCGCCUCCCCACCAACAAACGCUCUCGAGAACCUCAACCUCCGCCCCACCUCCUCCGCCGCCACCAGCACCAGCACCGCGCCCCCGCCAUCCUACAACCAAUCCACCGGCGGCGGCGGCCCUCCCGCCCUACCGGGCCGGACCCCGCCCCCUCCCGCGCCGGGCAAGCCCGUGAUCGCGCACGCGCGCGCCCUGUACCGGUACGCCGGCGCCGACGCCGGCGACUGCGCCUUCGAGCGGGGCGACGGCGUCGCCGUGCACCAGUACAUGAACGCCGACUGGUGGCUGGGGCGCAACCUCCGCACGGGCCAGGAGGGCAUCUUCCCGCGCAGCUACGUCGAGAUCGAGGCCGCGCCCCCGCCGCCGGGCCCGCCGCCGGGGGGCCACGGUAACUACUACCAGCAGCAGCAGCAGCAGCCGUGGCAGGACGAGAAGGCCGGCUACGGCGGUGGUGGUGGAGGAGGAGGAGGGUACCCCGGCGCGGCGCCGUACGGGGGGGCGCCGCAGCAGCCCAUGUACGGCGGGUAUCCGCCGCCUCCGCCGGGGCAGGCGAACCCGUACGACGCCAACGCGCCGCCGCCCAUGGCGGUGGCGGAGCAGGGCGGGGAGGGGGGCAGCAAGAUGGGCGAGCAGGGGAAGAAGAUUGGGAAGAAGCUGGGGAACGCGGCCAUCUUCGGGGCGGGUGCCACCAUUGGUAGCAAUAUUGUGAAUUCCAUCUUCUGAGUUGGGGGGGGAUGAGGGGUGCGUGUGUGUAUUCUCAACAAACCCCCUUCCUUGACCUCCCUACCCGGUGAAGGACAUGGAGAAGGGGCCAUAAUUACCGAAUGGCCGGGUUGGGGUUUGGGGAAUGGGAUCUCUUUCUGCCCAUGGGCAAGGAGG